UCAGUGUGCUCGGUGUUUUCGACUCGGUCGCCCGAUUUUCGAGUAUCGCGUGCGCGUAGUUCGUGAAUUUCAAGUUUAUCGUAAUUUUGUUUUUUCGUUUUGCUUAUUCAAUAUACAUAUUAUAUAAAAUGAAAUAGUUUAAACUCAAAUUUACGAUGAAUAUCACUUCUAUAAAUAACACUUGUCUGCCCGAAAAAGUACUAAAUCCUGGUUGGUGUCCUAGUCACUGGGAUCAAUUAUUAUGCUGGAGAACUUCAAAACCUGGUGCUGUAGUUUACCAAGCUUGUUUUGAUGAACUGAACGGAGUGCGUUAUGAUACAUCACGAAAUGCAAGUCGUCGCUGUAAAACGAAUGGUGUUUGGGAAAAUUCUUCUGAUUAUAUGAAUUGCCGAGCUUUGGAAACAAACAAUUCAUUGUAUCCAGAUCCAUCAAUUGUAUACACAUCAUACUUUUACUAUGGUGGUUAUACCAUAUCAUUAGUGGCAUUAGUAGCAGCUGUAUCCAUAUUUGUUUAUUUCAAAGAUUUACGUUGUUUGAGAAAUACAAUACACACAAAUUUGAUGUGCACUUAUAUACUAUCUGAUUUUACAUGGAUAUUGACAUCAACACUACAGGAAUGGCUUUCAGCUAGUAGUAAUGCUUGUGUGUUAUUUACAUUUUCGUUACAUUACUUUGUUUUAACAAAUUUCUUUUGGAUGUUUGUCGAAGGCUUGUAUCUGUAUAUUUUGGUUGUAGAAACUUUUACCAGGGAAAAUAUCAAGCUCCGCGUUUAUAUGUUUAUUGGCUGGGGUUUCCCACUUGUAAUUAUGAUUGUUUGGGGUGUUUCUAAGGUCGUCACACCAAUUGAAUCAGAGGAAACAAGCGAUUCUUGUACUUGGAUGACACCGCAUCCCGUGCACGAUUGGAUCUACCAAGGGCCGGCGAUAAUAGUGUUGAUUGUAAACUUGGUUUUUCUAUCAAAAAUCAUGUGGGUACUAAUAACAAAGCUAAGGUCAGCGAAUUCGGCUGAAACCCAACAAUACCGCAAAGCCAGUAAAGCUUUGUUAGUUCUUAUACCAUUGUUAGGCGUUACCUACAUACUAACUAUGGUUGGCCCUACGGAAUCCGGUACUUACGCUAACUAUUAUUCUUAUGGUAGAGCUACACUUUUGUCUAUGCAGGGCUUUAUGGUGGCAAUAUUUUACUGCUUUGUCAAUUCUGAAGUUAAGAAUACGUUCAAACAUCAUUUCAUUCGAUGGAAUGACGCGAGAAAUCUGAGAACCGGUGGCAGCCGAAGAUUUACUUAUUCAAAGGAUUGGUCACCGAACACAAGGUCCGAUAGUGUCAGAAUGGCCCGGCCAUCGAUCAUCGCGGAUACGGUCAUGAACAAAGGCAAGAGGGCCUCCACCGUCAGCAGUUCGACGACGAUGACGUUCAUCGUCUCUAACGGGCCCGGCGGCGUGUUGCUAUCGAACGCCUGUCAAAAUCGCAUGUUGAACGCUCCCCCCGAAAAUCUCGUCUAGAAAAAAAAAAAA